AUGCCGGUGGUCAAAGUGGAGAAAGACACUUCUGAGAUCUCCCCGCCUGCUCCCAACCCCCCUCAUAUGACCACAACAGUGUCGGACGAACCGUCAAGGGGCCGCCGCAGGAAGAGACCCCUCCAGCGAGGGAAGCCCCCCUACAGCUACAUCGCCCUCAUCUCCAUGGCGAUAGCCAACUCGCCCAACCAUAAGCUGACCCUGGGCGGCAUCUACAAGUUCAUCACGGAGCGGUUCCCCUUCUACCAAGACAACUCCAAGAAGUGGCAGAACUCCAUCCGCCACAACCUGACCCUCAACGACUGCUUCAUCAAGAUCCCUAGGGAGCCAGGGAGGCCCGGGAAGGGUAACUACUGGGCCCUGGACCCCAACGCAGAAGACAUGUUCGAGAGCGGCAGCUUCCUCCGGCGCAGGAAGAGGUUCAAGCGCUGUGACUUUACGACCUACACGUCAUAUGUACAUGAGUCCCCUGUCUUCUCGCCUGUCCAGAUCGCUCGCUCGACCUACUCCAGCUCCGUCUACGGCUCCAAUAUGGCGGUGAGUCCCCCGUACGGCCAGCAUGGUCAGCUACCCUCUGCCUACUACCCAUCUUCCUCGCCCCCCGGGUUCGGUCCUCACUGCCAGUCCCACUCCCGCAUGUUCAGCAUCAACACAAUCAUAGGGCACCCCUCCGGGGGUCAGGGGCCCGAGAUGAUGCAGCAGCCCAGCCGGAGCUUCAGUCCAGAUGGAGGCCCCGCUGGGGGCCCCAGCCACUGUAACCUUGGAGCCCCAGCCUUCCAGGCCCAGUCAUGUGGAGGGGCCAUGCUGUCCCGCUCCUCGGCCCAUGUGGGGUUUCCCUACUCGGGCCCCAACGGACACCACCACCACCCACACCACCACCCACCUCAGGGCUCCUACAGCCAGGGACACAGCCAGGGGUAUGGAGGGUCAGGGCGUCUCCACUCCCACUCCUCACCCCACAUGGCUGGAGAUGCUGUGGAGCAUUAUGGGAGAGUGUCCCCGGGACAGUUGGGCUCGUUGGUCCAGUAUAAUGGUGCAGGUACCACCAGCACUGGAGCCUACCUAAGACACCCCACGUACUCGGGGAACAUGGAUAGGUUUGUGUCUGCCAUCUGA